UGUUGAGCGGUUUUGCAAGUUUAAUUCUCAAAACAAAGGAUUUCUUUAAAGGAGAUUUGUUUAAAGAAGCACUAAAGGCGAUAGUGUCUGCGUUGAGCCGUCAAGUUUUCGCGUUUUCAUUGAUAAGAAAUUCUUGUCACUUUUUUUUCUAUUCGCAAGAUUACCAUAAUCAAUUAAGACCCCGAGACACGAAAGCUGCAAUGGAAGUGUAUUUUUGCUGUGAAAUUGAGUUCCGUUGGAGUUGGAAGUGUACUUAGGCGGCAAAUAACUCUACCCUCUACAGAUGGCACCAAAUGUACGGAGCGACAAGAGGAAUGUACUAAAGCAAGAUCCUUCAAACCUACACACCCUUGUGCGAUGAUUAAGCCACAAGGAAAGCUGAGGCAAAACAACUAAAGAUGGGUUGGACCCAAAAUAUAUUGUUUGCUCUUUUCAGUGAUUUAUUAUUUUGGAGGGUCGCUGGAGCAGUUAGCUGCCCCGUCGAAUGCAAACGUCUUUGCAAUGGUCGCGUUCCUGGAAGACUCGAUAUUGGAAAUACAACAAUUGUGCUGACAAAAGCCAUAUGUUUCGGAGCUACCACGGAUAUUCCAAAGGGAUUGUCAAAAAACCUUGGUGAUCUAACAGUAUCUAGAAGUCCACUAAAACUACUGAAGAACACUUCCUUUCAAGAUUACCAAUAUCUGAAAUGGCUGGAUCUCUCUAAUAACGACAUCAGCGAUAUUCAAGAUGGCACCUUUGAGAACCUGCGCUAUUUGAAACAGCUGAAUCUUGGUGAGAACAAAAUCAGGACAGUAUCCGCUAGUAUGUUUAAAGGGCUUGUCUCUCUUGAAAAGUUGGACUUGCGUUUCAAUGAUCUCAAGGCCCUGCCUAGGGGCGUUUUCAAACCACUAAAAUCACUUAGAGAACUUUUUCUCCAUGAUAAUAGAAAUAUGGGCAGUAGAAUUGAAGAGGGUGCUUUUAAUGGGUUGGAUAACUUGAGGAAAUUGCACGUAAGCGCAACUGGGAUGAAGAAAAUCACUCAAGGUACAUUUGGUAGCUUGAUGUCGUUGGAAUUUUUAGAUGUUAGCUUUAAUGAAAUUAGGCAUUUUGACGAGGAGAGUUUAGCGUGUUUACCAUUGCUCGAGGUUUUACAUAUCAACAACAACUCGCUUACGACAGUUCCCCUGCAUGCUUUACGCAAAGUCAAGUUUCUCAAAGAGCUUGAUCUUAGCGCUAAUCUAAUUAGUUAUGUUUCCUCUACUGCGUUCGCUAAUAAUUCUAAAUUGCAAAAACUGUUACUUCAUAACAAUACAAUACGACUUAUACACGAAGAUGCGUUCAGCCAAUUAAAAGGAUUACGCGCGCUGUUCUUACGUGGAAACCCAUUUCAGUGUGACUGUCAAUUAAACGGAUUCCACGCGUGGCUACGAAACAAUCAAUACCUCGUGAAUUUCAAUGGACACAUGUAUUGUAUGACCCCAGAUAAACUAACUGGGAGAGAUCUCCUAGAGCUAUCGUCUUCGGAUCUCAAAUGUGAUUGCCUCAGUUGCACGCGUGCUGCAAAAUGCGAUCGUGAGCUCACGUGUACGUGCAACAAAAAGUGGGAAGGUUCGUGUAACGCGAUAUGCACACGCACUAGUAACGCAACAUCAUCAUGCGUCACUCUCGGUGAUCAAUGUCACUGUCCAAAUGUCACGCUACCAAAACCCCUCGUUUCCAAGUGUACCUUUACAAUAACCAACAAGACGUGCAGCGUAAAUGGAGAAUUGAGAAAUAUCAAUAGACGUUUAGAGUGCGUUUGUAAGAGUGGUUACCAUGGAGAUGGAGUGACAUGUGAAGAUAUCGACGAGUGCGAUAUAGCACAUCAUUGUGAUAAGCUUCACGCUACGUGUAUUAAUACCCCUGGAAGUCAUACUUGUCGAUGCAACAAGGGCUACAUAGACAAAAUACCUGCCCUCCCCGGAAAGAUCUGCAUCAAUGAAAACGAGUGCUUGAGGGACAGCGGUAUAUGUGGGACGCAUGCGUUGUGCUCCGACUUGGAAGGCAGCUAUCUUUGUACGUGCGAGGACCAGUAUAAGAAGGUCAGCGGUCGCUGCUACCCGCAGAUACUUCAAGAAGAUAUCGACAUAGGGAUUCUAGCAGUGAACUCCACAGCAGUGUACGUCUUGUGGUCCAUCAGCGUUAAGCAUGGCAAAAAAGCGACGUCUUGUCGUAUUAUGUACCUUGAGCUUGGGCAGGACUUCAAGGCUUUUAUGGUGGGAGCGACCUACACCGCUGAAGCAGAGCGGGGAAUCCUGGGUAAUCUACGUCCAGACACAAGCUACUGGAUCAAGAUAAUGGUCUCAACCGCUCACAACAUCUCCACUGAAAGCAUCGUCAAACAACACACCACAGAAAAACAAUAUACUGGCGGCAGAGAAACAACCAAAGAUCCCACAAGCAACAAAGGCAUUAUCGCAGGUACGGUGGUAGCGGUGGUCGUUGCUAUAGCGACAGCAUUAGUGCUGGUGCUGUGCUGUGGAAAGAAAAAGCGAAAGAAGUCCAGUCAAGCUGAGCAGAACGUCUUUCUGCAGCCGAGUGUGAUGGAGGACAUUAUAGAACUGAGGCAUAGUACUGGUCCCACCAUCACUAUUACUCCAGAGAUGACCAGCAAAGAAGGGCACAAAAAUACCGAUCCAUCACUGGUGUCUUUUUCCAUGGAGUCUGACCGCAUGGACGUCUGGGAGAUACCACGUGACUGCGUGACGCUGGGAGACAGAAUCGGCGAAGGGCAGUUUGGGAUUGUUUUCGCUGGAACAGUCAAGAUAGGGGAAGACACGAUUAAAGCUGCUAUCAAGUGCAUCAAAGACGUGGACGAUCGCUACGACAUGAAGGACCUGAAGCUUGAAAUGGAAAUGAUGAAGGAGAUUGGUUAUCACCCGAAUGUCGUCAGUUUGAUUGGCACUUGCACCAUAGAAACACCGCUGUACAUUAUUACCGAGUACGUGUCUGGCGGGAAUCUUCUGGAUCAGCUGAGACAAAGUAGACGAACAGACAGCAAGUAUGUCAAUGUUAACUCCACACUGACAUCACGUGACCUCUUACGUAUCGCACUGGACGUGUCACGUGGUAUGCGUCACAUUGCCAUGAAGAAGUUCGUGCAUCGAGACCUGGCGGCGCGCAAUGUCCUUAUGACUGAUACACUGACCGCUAAGGUAGCGGACUUCGGGCUCGCACGGGACAUCUACUGCGAGGGGAAGUACGUGAAGACAGGAGGUGGAAGGCUGCCAAUAAAGUGGAUGGCCCCAGAAGCCAUCAGAGACCAGGUGUACACCACCCAGACAGACGUCUGGUCAUUUGGCGUGCUACUUUGGGAGAUAGUGACUCUGGGCCGAUCCCCAUAUCCCGGCGUCCCUAUUGCCAUGUUAUUGGAGAAGCUCCUUUACGGAUACAAAAUGCCGUGCCCAAGCCACUGCUCGGAGGAAGUAUACAGCGUGAUGGAAAGCUGCUGGCAACUCGAGCCUUCAGCCAGGCCAGGGUUUGGCGAGUUGAGCAAGAUAUUGACGGAAAUGCUAUCGGAUGGGAGAGUGUAUGUGAAUAUGGAGGAGUAUUGUGAGAGUUUGGUGGACAGCAGCAGAGAGAGCUUAGAUGACUUGUAGCUUGAAUCUAGGCCAAGCAGUGUUUCCCCAAUUGCGGGGAAACACCAUACGCGUGUAAGUUUGAAGGAAGAGAAGAUUCCUGAAAACAUUUAUGCCUCUCCACGGUAGUUUCUUCGGACAUUCCCCAUGGAUAGAAGGGCGAAUUCUGGUUUGGGUAAUUAGUUUUAGUUUCAGUGUUGAUUUCCAGUAGUAGAAGCCCCGUUUUUGUUUUAUCUCCUUGGUUUAAUUUCUUUGGUAGUGGGGGAGGGGGAUUCUCUCUAGUGUAAUAGUACAAAGGAGUGAGAGCUGUGUGGACAGCAUAGAUUAGAAGCAUGAGAGCUUAGAUGAGUUGUAGCCCGAGCCUUGGUCAAGUUUUGCGACAGUUGCGGGGACGCACCAUACGCUUGUGAAUGCAGACCGACCUCUAUAAGCGGCGCUUUCAGCGGUCAAUAUAAAAAUAAUCCCAAAAUAUUAGUUUUUUUUCCACUAGAGUGCUGUAUUUAGGUACUGUCAUUGAGCAGUUAACCGUUAACUAAUAGAGGGCCUUUAUUAAGCUCCCGUGGUUGAAGGUGGACCGCUUCAAAGACGAUCGAUAACCGCAAGCUUGGUAAGCAGAAGAAAGUCUAGUGAGUCAUUUUAAUAGAUGUGAUUGGAGACCAUGCUCAAUGUGAUUUUAGUAGAGUAUAAUAGUAUAGUUAGGUCAAAGGCCUGACACGACUUAAUAAGAGCCAACCAUAUUUAUUCUGGGCCGCAGACCAGGAAUGUUCUGCUGUCUGGUGAGGUACUUACAGAAUGCCGCGUUUAAUUUCUUCGGAGUUUUUUUUUUUCAUGGUUGGUUAGACCCUAGGUGGGUGUAUAAAUUGGAUAAAUGAAAGCACGGUAAUAGAAAAUAAUUUUCCUUUAUUACUCUUUACACCUACGAUGUUGUAUAUUACCAUCUUACAUUGAAAGCUGAAACCAAUAUUAUAAAAACGAUCCAAAAUAAAUGUCGUUAGAAAUGGUG